AAAGAUAGAAUACUGACGAUCUUUACUAACGAACUUCUUUGACAGCACGCUGACAGGCACAGUUUAUAAGGCGGCGAGUCCGCUUCUUGACCAACAUCCCAACACCACGACUCCACACCACUACGAUUACGACAACGACUUGCUGGGCAAUCACUUACUUUGUAUUUUCGCAGAUCUUUAAAUAUCUUGAACAAGAUGACACGUCUAUGGGAGAAGCGACAGGGAAGCGAGACGGACCAACCGCUACCUGACUACCUAUCCUACUCUGCUUAUUCGACAGCAGCGAAUGGGGAGAGACAGUAUACGGUCGUUCUGCUCCCGCAAACAUACUAUGGGCCGUCGAUCCCGUUGGGGACAGAUGGCGUGUACGUCUAUGGUGGGCCGACAUCCCCUGCAGACAACGCAGCUGCAGCACCGACGGACCCCGCGUCUAUUCUUGCUAGCGUAGCGAGCCAGGCUUCCGCAGCAGUGACCGCUUUGCCGGAGACGACCGAUCCGGCAUUCUUGUCCACCUUCUCUGAGGCCUCGGUCCGUUCCACUUCCCUCGCCGAGGAGAUCACCUCCGCAUUCUCCCAGCUGUCUAUCGCCGAGCAGGCCAGUCAGAGCGUCGAGAGCUUCUUCUCGGAAGUGUCGAGCUCCGUGAGUAUGCAAAGCACAGCCAGUACUGAGAGCACCCAAUCGACCGCGAGCGCUCAGAGCGUAGCCAGCGUGAGCAUGACGAGUGCUAUAAUCGCAAGUCUUUCGAGCAGAAGAGAGAGCAGAAGCAGCACAAGAAGUGUUGAGAGCACAGCGAGCGUCGUAUCAAGAGAAAGUACAAGCUCAACUGCAAGUGCAGCAAGUUUGACCUCCCUCGCAAGUGCCGCCAGUGUCGCUUCCGUGUCCUCGAUCAGCCGCACCUCCGCGAUAGCACAGUCAACAGAAAGCACGGCAAGUGCGGCCUCCGUCUCAUCUCUCAGCCAUAUCUCGCAAAGCUCCCAAAGCGUGAUCUCAACCGCUUCCGCCUCCUCCUCCACCCCAACCGCCAUCGCUGCCGGUUCCACCAGUUUUCCGACCCGCAAUAUCAUCGCUUUAGCCAUCGGCUUAUUUUUCGCCCUCCUCCUAAUUGCGCUCAUCCUCAUUUGUCUCUUCCGCUGGAGGCAGCGUCGUAACCGCUCGCUUGUCCCUCAGCAGCGGAUACCUGCGGAGCGGAGUCACAGCGUCCACCAGAGCAUGUUCUUCGGGCGCGGAGGACCCAGCGAUGGGCGGGUGAACGUCCAAGGGACAGUGUUUGACCUCUGGACACCGGAACAAAGAGCGGCUCGGGAGAAUGCACAACAAAGGCGAAGCGUGUCGAGCUGGGCAGGGCGCACCCUAGCCCUCAUCACAGGCACUUACGGCAGUAGGGGAAGUGCUGGCUCCGGGAGUGGUGGUAGCGGGCGCUCUAGGGGAACGGGAUCCUCGCGUAUCGGCAUUGCCCGAAAAGUCUCCCGCACCGCGGCGGAGGAUGGUUUGUUGGAAGAAGAGACGCCGCUUGUCGGACAUAAUUCACCGCCCCUCUCGCCGCCACCUUUCCACUCUCCUCCCGCUGCGGGAGGCGGCGGCCGUGUUGUACCGCUCCCCACGGUGCGGGAGCCAUCCUUUCUCUCGCCGGUUGUGCCACCGUUCGCCGCGGUGCGCGACUCCGGCUCGUUCUCAACACCCUCCGCGGUCCAUUCCGCAAAUCAAUCCAGGUUAACCCUCCCCCUGUCGAUGGCAUCCCGUCCCGAGUCUCCAGGUGAUGGUGAGCAUGAAACUGCGGAACUGCUUGUGGCACGGCGGGUCACUCGCAGCCCUUCUCCAAAAAUGGGACGGUUGAGCUGGUUUAUGCGCAUGGGGCUGAUCGGUGGCGGAGGGCCUUCUACUUCUAGCCAGGAGGGCCAUGCGAGUAUGACCGAAGUGGGACCGACAGCCGAAAGUGAGGCCGAGUUUGCGCCUCCGGAGAUGUCAGAGAUCCGCACAGAGGGCGGGACGAGCCUCAAGAGCUGGCUCGAGAUGGGUGGCAAUGCACAUUCCUUCCCGCAGCCGCCGCCAUUACCACCUUUGCCCAACCAACCGCAUCCACGCCAGCCCACGAGCCUGAGUACACCGCAGAAUGGUGCCAGGCCCAUCAGCACCAUUAGCACAAAUUCGGUAUACCAUGACGCCCUUUCCGACCUACCGCCAACUUCCUCUAGACCUGGUACCCCUUCCUACACCGCCAUCCCCGCUCCGCCCGCUCCCUCCACCCCGCCACGGCGCCGCCCAGUCCCAUUUGUGAGUCACCAUAGGAUCAUCGCGAGUGGCAGCCUCCCAGGAAGCCGUACCGACUUGCUGGACUCGCCAGUUCCCUCCCCGCUCCGCAGGUCAUUCAAUGCAGGGACCGGGUCUCCACCCAGUGCCUGGUCAAAACAGCCGUACAGUCCCGACCUAGAGGAUGAACUCCAGCCGCCACCGGCGACCGCCUGGCGGAAUAGCAGGGGAUCAGAGGAGAUGGCGUCACCAAUCGACCUGGGCCCAAGCGCAGAGAGGAAAGAGGAGCCGCAUCGAUCCGGUGGCAUAAAGCGCUUCACAUUUGGGUACCCGAUCCUGACGGACGCUCCUCAGCCCCCACAGCGGGUGAGGGAUGGAGAGCACGGCCCAUUCCACUCCCUCCCGGCUGGAGCGGCGCCCCCGAAGGUCAGGGACUCAAUGACUCACUUCGAUACCCUGUCGUCACGUGGAGCCGCGUCCUUUGACAACCCUUCACUCACGGCCGAUACCUCCUUCAACGCCUCAACUCCGACGACAACAACUCCGCGAAGCAGUCUGGCCCCUUCACAUAAAGGCGUUACCCUUCGGGGUUUGGGUCUUGAGGACCCUGUACCGAUGGCCUUCUCAGCGUGCGGCAAGCCGAAGACGCGUGCGGGCAGGCCCGCAACUCCGAGCAACACCUCCGGUACCCGCGUUGACUCGUCGGGCCGAUAAUAGCCAGGCUAUUAUGUUUCUUUCGUCAUAUCGCACGGACUCUCGGGCCGACCUCGCCUCUGCGUAUACAUAUUUCAGAUUUGGGACAGUUCGAAGCCUGGCCAUUGGCCUGUCGUACAGCUUCCGUGUCAUUGUCGGGCGUGUACUUUCUUGUUCCGGCCCGCAUUGUAUCAUGUAACUUCAAUAUGAUUGUUCGCAUAUGGUUUCC